AUUAAAAUUGAGCAGAAUAGAGACCUCCAAAGGCCAAGAAUUUCCACUUGAUCAGACACCCUUUGCCUCGACUCAACUGCUCCUUAUAAUAUUUCAAACAAAUUGACCACCUUUUUGCAUUUACAAUUGAUUCUAACCAAAAUUGAAAUAUUCAUUCACAAGCAUCAGGGCCCCCAGAUGGUCCGUGUAAUCGAUGAAAACCAUCAGUACUGGGAUCCAUUCCUCUCGCCUUGUUUCUCUCAGUAUCAGCCUGGUAGCCUUAAGUGCUAAGCACACACACCAUGGCCGUGCUCAUCCCAAGUUUAGGGACGAAGCAAUUGAUACAAAAUUUGCACCGAAAGUCACCCUUACUGAAGCCUAAGCAACUUGUCACAAACAUCGGUGACAAAGCAAUUUGGUUCAUCUACAAGAAAAGAGGCAGUCACGAUAUUGAUCAGCAGACGACUGAAAAUGGAGCUGAAGAGCAGGAGAUGGUUAAAUUUGUGGCAGUAGGCGAUUUUGGUGGGCCAGAAAUGCAUGCAGGCCACCAGAAUUUUGCAGGUGUAAUAUUCUAUGAUAGUUACUUAUGGAAAUCAGCUUUUCCAAGCCACCACCAAGGUCACCUGCAGCAGGGGCAAGUCCCUUGCUGAGUUUUUCUCUUCCUGGAGCUAAUUAAGCAUUUCGAGCUACCCUUUUUUUUUUCUUGAUAUUUCUUCUCAAUCAAAAGAGAUGUAUUAAAUAGGAUGACAUGAUGCAUGCAUGCAUGCUUACGAUCUUCACGAGAAAGAUUAAUAACAUGCCAACACUCAAACAUCUAAUAGAUAUAAGAAAUCGACAUUUUUCAAAAGUAGAAACCGUGUAUGAUGACACUUGUAUCGGUUUCGUGCUACUAUCACACCAAAUUUAGCAAGAGAGUCGACAAAGGCGUUAGUCUGGAUAUCCACACAGUAAGAUCUCCUGCAGAGUACCUUAUUGUAUAUCCUUUCUAACAUUAAUCUUCUUCAUGCUUUUAGUUAUGAAAAUAUUGUAGAUAACGGGCCGAGCUGGGCUUGAAUUUUUCGAGAUAUGUCCGAUUGGGCCAGAGAUGGCCCCUACACAUGAACAGCUUCCAACCUCUAUCUAUCCGCUACUUACUCCAGUCUGUCUGAAAACCAUUUUCAGAAAAAAAAAAAAAAAAGAUGUCCGCUUUUCUUCUGUCUUCCCCUGCCCUCUUCCCUCGCUUCAAUUCCAAUUCCAGUCUCUUGAGUCCUUUAAGAAGAAGAAUAUCUCAAGUAAUUCUUGUUAAGGCGGCUUCUUCUGUUAACGAUAAAAAUGACAACGUUGAUUCAUCUUCCUCAAGUACAAGGUUGAUCACUUUCUUAGGAAAGGGUGGCUCCGGCAAGACCACCUCCGCCGUUUUUGCUGCCCAGCAUUAUGCGAUGUCUGGACUGAGUACGUGCUUAGUGUUACACGGCCAGGAUCGCACCGCUGAGUAUCUUCUCAAUUGUAAGAUUGAGUCUUCUCCCAUUGUAUACCGUGACAACCUUUCAGUUGUUAGGCUGGAAACAACUGAAAUGCUUCUUGAACCCCUCAAUCAGCUGAAGCAAGCAGAUGCUCGUCUUAAUUUGACACAAGGAGUUCUCGAAGGGGUUGUGGGAGAAGAGCUUGGGGUGCUUCCUGGGAUGGAUUCUAUGUUUUCAGCACUUGCACUUGUGAGGCUUCUGGGAUUAUUUGGGAGAUGGGCUCAAAGGAACCAUCAAAAAGAUAUAUUUGAUGUGAUAAUAUAUGAUGGUAUCAGCACUGAGGAAACCCUACGAUUGAUAGGUGCAAGCAGUAAAGCAAGACUGUACUUGAAAUACCUGCGAAGUCUUGCUGAGAAGACAGAUCUUGGGAGAUUGGCUGGUCCUUCACUCCUGAGACUUGUAGAUGAAGCCAUGGGCAUAAGUGGGAAGCCAUCCCAACUCAAUGGGACAAUGAGUGCAGAAAUAUGGGACAGUCUGGAACGAAUUCUUGAGGUAGGAUCUUCUACCUUUUCAGAACCUCAUCAAUUUGGCUGCUUUCUUGUGAUGAACCCAAACAUUCCAACAUCUAUCAGUUCUGCAUUGCGUUAUUGGGGUUGUACAAUGCAAGCUGGUACGCAGGUUUCUGGUGCAUUCGCCAUUGCUUCCCCUGAUUUGGAUGUAGAAUCAAUGGAAAAUGUCAAGAAGAGUUUUUUUCCCUUGCCUUUAGCCUUUAUUCCAGAUCUCUCAAUGGGUUCCCCUCAAGAUUGGAAUGCCAUCAUGCUGAGCAAUACCAGUGAAGGCGCAAGGGAUCUCCUUUCUUUGCCAGCAGGCCAGAAGUAUAGCAUAGUGUCAUCAAUAAAUUUUGAUGUGGCAAGAAAAUCAGUAACCCUUCUCAUGCCAGGUUUUGACAAGUCAGAGAUCAAGCUAUAUCAAGUAUCUUCAGUUCUGAACUCUCCAAUUCUUCUAUGUUCUCUGAUAGUUCUGAAGUAUAGAGGAGGAUCUGAGUUGUUGGUGGAAGCAGGGGACCAAAGACGACUCAUAUUUCUGCCGCCUGAAAUUCAAGGGAAGGUCGGAGGCGCCAAGUUCACAGACAGAAGUCUUGUAAUCACAAUUCGAUAAUGCGGUUCUGAACCAUUGUUUUAAUAAUUUUCAUUUCCGUAUUGGAUAUCUUUCUUGAAACAACAGUGGUCAGAUUUUACUGUGGGAAUUGGAUAUGGUAUAGAUGUGAUAGGAGUCCUUUAAAUCAA